UGUGCACCAAAUUAUACCUCCAAUUCCCUUCCCCAUAUUUCCAACCUAUAUUAAUACAACCCAACUACACAAUAUACUUUAAAGAAAGCAUACACACACCAUCUCACAACUCAUAUCUCUCCAAACAUUCCAUGGAACAAAUCACAAAUUCCACCAAGACUACAACUUGCCUCGUAUUUUCCUUGAUUUCUUUCUAUUUGAUUGCAUCAUCGGUUUCUCGGCCAGCGUAUUCCUCCGGCUACUAUGCGGCCGCGUUGGUGCUCGUGUUGGCGUUCUUGAUCGUCCUAGCGGUCAGGACGACGCUGGUGGCGUGGAUAACGGUGUUGGUGCUCCUGGCCUUCGCGGGGAAGCGCCGCCGCGUGUUGGCUAAGGAGGGGAGGAAGAUCACAUCGGAUGUGGCUAUGUAUUUGGCGCAAGUUGUGAUCAAAGAGAAGAGCUUUGUGGCUUUUACAUGUGCCACUGUUAUGAGUCUAAUGGGAAUGGCUUUGCUUGGCUAGGAAAAGCCAAUUGAUGAAGUUCAACCCCAAGUUCUUGUCUCUCUCUAGGUUAUGAAUGUAGAAAUUUUGCACAUUUAAUUUGUUAUUUUGUUCAGAUAAAUUAAAUGAGUAAAUUACUUUUGUCUUGUA